UACCCAAUUAUCAAUAACAAGUUUGUUAGAGUGAGACGACAUAAUACAACUAUAACGGGGCAGAAUGAGAAAGCAAGUAAACUGUUGAUAGGAAAGAGAUGGUAAUGUGGAAUAAUCGUGUGCUAAAAAGAGACGAGUAUAAAACAGUGUCUACAACAUUAUUUCUUCUGUCAUGGUUGGUACGCAUGCGUCAUUCGAUUACGCCAGGACUGUAUUCAAAAGAAGUAAUAUAUUAUGCACUGUAUAUUUUAAGUAUUCAUACACAUUUGUUUACUUGAAGAGUCAAGGUCUCCCCAAAUUUGUUUAUUUUCUUUAUUACGCACAAACAUAUACUUCUACGAUUUCUUACUAUUCAAAAGUAUUAAAAAUCAUUUGGUGGAAGGUUUAAAAUAUAUUUUACGGCUUAAGUGUAGAAAGUGUCAUAUUGUGGCCAAAUCGUGAAAUAGUGCUAAACAAAUAAAAUAAUUUAAAGAAACUAUAAACUGUGUGUUAUAAAAUCGUAGUUUCAAGUGCAAGAAAAAAAACAAACCAUUACAAUACGGUCCUGGCAAAAUACAAUCAGCUGUUUGUAAUGACAGUUCCUCUGACAAAUACAAAAUGGUUGAAAACUAAAGUUGGCAAACAAAGAAAAGGCAGCGUAAUAGCGAAUUUUAACAUUAAAAAACGUUUUUUUUAAGUGAAAGUUAGUUAGUUUAGUUUGUGUUUAGUGUUUUGUGCACGAUGUUGGAUUUGGAAAUCGUCCCUGAACGCUCUCUGGGCUGUGAUGCCUGGGAAUUUGUUCUAGGGAUGCAUUUCUCUCAGUCAGUGGCCAUCAUACAGAGUCAAGUGGGCACAAUACGAGGAGUACAAGUACUAUAUAGUGAUCAGAACCCGUUAUCAGUAAACCUAGUAAUAAAUAUGCCUCAGGACGGCAUCCGGUUAAUAUUCGACCCGGUUGCCCAGCGGCUCAAAGUUAUAGAGAUCUACAAUAUGAAAUUAGUUAAACUUAGGUAUAGUGGCAUGUGCUUCAACUCGCCGGAGAUCUCGCCCUCCAUCGAGCAGGUGGAGCACUGCUUCGGCGCGACGCACCCCGGCCUCUACGACUCACAGCGCCAUCUGUUCGCGCUCAACUUCAGGGGCCUAUCCUUUUAUUUCCCUGUUGAUAGUAAAUUUGAGCCUGGCUACGCUCACGGGCUGGGCUCACUACAGUUCCCCAACGGUGGGUCGCCCGUAGUGUCGCGGACCACCAUCUACUAUGGAUCUCAACACCAGGCCAGCAGUACGGGCGCGGGCGCGGGCGGGGCCCCGCUGCCGGAGCUCCCGCUGUCGUGCUACCGGCACACGCUGCACCUGCGCCGCUGCGACGUGCUGCGCUCAGCUAGUGCCACGCACGGACUCCGCUUGCAUAUGUUCACUGAGGGCCCGGGUCGGUUGGAGGCGGGCUCCCGCUCCGUGUGCCGCGUGGUCCGCUUCGGCAGCUCGGCGCAGCGCGUGUGCGCGGCGCUGGGCGCGCCCGCCCGCACCUACUACAAGGCGGACGACAAGAUGCGCAUCCACCGGCCCACCGCCCGCAGGCGCCCGCCGCCCGCCAGCGACUACUUCUUCAACUACUUCACGCUGGGACUCGACGUACUAUUCGACGCUCGCACGCACCAGGUCAAGAAGUUCGUGUUGCACACAAACUACCCCGGACACUACAACUUCAACAUGUACCAUCGCUGCGAGUUUGAGCUCACCGUGCAACCUGACAAAUGCGAAGCCCACUCGCUGGUGGAGAGCGUGGGCGCGGUGGUGAUCACGGCGUACAGCAAGUGGGAGGUGGUGUCGCGGGCGCUGCGCGUGGCCGAGCGCCCCGUUGUGCUCAACAGGGCCUCCUCCACCAACACCACCAACCCCUUCGGCUCCACCUUCUGCUAUGGAUACCAGGACAUGAUAUUUGAGGUGAUGUCCAACAACUACAUAGCGUCGAUUACUCUGUACCAGCCGGAGGGCACCCGGCCGCGCUACGCCGUCAACUCCAUCGCGUGACAUAGCCAGGGAUCUCCAAGCAAAGGUAAAAAAUACACGUCCUGAACGAUUUCGGUUGUCAGUCACCACACAUAACCUACACCCAAGUGGUUCCCCACACAAACUCGAAAAUGUUCAACUUUCUAUAAAACUAACUUCACAUGAAGUGACUACAUAUCUUUACCACGAAGCACCUAAGAGGAAGCAGUAUUUUUAAAAAUGUGAUAAAAAAAAAACUGUGAAAAAAAAAACUCUAAAAAAGUGAGUGACGAUCUCAGACGGUGUGUUAAGUCUUAUUUAAUUCCUUACGGACAAUAGUUAAUGUUUUAUUUUUAAGCUUAAUUAAGUUGAAUGAACAUUGAUUUUUAAUAAUUAGUCAAAUGUGUUCUAAGUUGUACUUUAAUCUCAUGACGCAAGAACAUUUGACAGAAGUAUUCUUGCGUCAUGAUUUUACGCGGGAAUAUAAAUAGAAAAAAAAAACAAGAAAAAACUAGAAAUAGACUGUGCUGUAAAUAUUUUUGAGAAUUUGAUGAAAAAAUUAAAUAAUAAUAUGAAAUUGAUGUAUUUUUUCUAAAAAGAAAUGGUUUUUCGAUUGGUAUGAUGAUAGGUAGGUGUGUGUGAAAAAAAAUGUGCAAAA